AUAAGCAAAACGUUAGAGAGAUCAAUGCCUUCGUUAGAGCCUUGAGCAAUUGAGAUGAACAUACACACACCCUUCCACCAGUUAAAACCUUCCAUGUGCUCUUUGAUAGCAUCAUCAAGUGCUUUAAGAACAGCUUUUGGCCGCAAAGUGUUGUACUUUUCAUGGUUGGCUUUCCUCUCUUUGCUCUUAAACGCAGCGUCUGUUCUAAGAAUCCUAGACAAUCCUCUCUUGGGAUACUGAUGGCAUAUUCAGAUGUGUUUAGUUUUUGGAAUCUUUAUGUUGGUUCUUCUGAUGGGAAGACAACCAUACUUGGUUGAAUAUCAAAUGGUCUGUCAGAUUUUAACAUGGGGUUGGUCAGAUGAGAACGUUUCUUGACCUGGCACUGAGAUGCUGCGAGAAGAGGAAUAAAUAUAGGCCAAAGAUGAUUUUGGUGGCAAAAGAGAUUAAGCUAAUAAUAGAACAAGGAUCACUAGCUCGAGGAUGGUUAGAUUAUUUAAGAUUGAGAUUAUGCUCAUACUAAGGUUUUGUAUUGCUGAUUACUUUCCUUUUAUAGUAAUAUGUUUGGUGCAAAAAACUUCAUUUUGAUUAAGAAAAGACUUAAGAGGGUACAUGAUUAAUCUAACUUUAGGUACUGUUCUUAACAUUUAGACCAAAAAAAAACUUUAGGUUCUGAAAGCAGGAGCAAAGUUUCAAGGACCUGCUUGAGAUGGUUCUUGCUGAAACUGUUUAUCAGGAUUAGGCUCAAAGCUGAAACCUCAUGAAAUGUUUUGUGUUGACCAUUCAGACUCCCAUGUGCAGAAGAGUGAGUUUUCAAACUUGUUGACUAAUAAAAGUUGACUUUCUGAAACAUUAAUGGCCUCAGAUUCAACACUAUCUUCACCAGAAGGCAACUUUGACUGCCAUAAAAUUUUAUUGAUCUGAAGAAGACCAUGAAGUUCUGGAGAAACAAGGGAAAAGAGAGGAGGAAACAAUGGUUCUUGGACAACGGAAGCACUUUUCUCAAAGAGCUCAUUGUUGGAUGCAACGGUAAAACCAAUCCUAUCCGAAGCUUCUCUUCUGAUCAGAUCCUCAAGGCCACAAAUGGAUUUGAUCCAAGCCGCUAUGUAACGAGUGACCUUUACUACACUUGGUUCACCGGUAGCAUUGAAGAUCGAUCUUACAUGAUCAAGAUGUAUCCUGAGGAGAAAGUCAGAGGGGAUGGAGAUGGAAUUGGAGCUGUUUACAACGACGUUGUCAUAUCUGCUCGUGUUACCAAUCACAUCAACUUCCUGAAGCUGUUGGGAUGCUGUCUCGAGUUCCCUUGUCCAGUUCUGGUGUUUGAACACGCCGAGAACGGAGCAUUAGGACACCAAGGAGGUAUAGGUUCCAAGGAUACAGAGUUCUUACCUUGGGAUGUAAGACUAAAGGUGGCUAAGGAGAUAGCCAGUGCGGUUACUUAUCUACACACAGAGUUCCCUAGGAUCAUUGUACACAGAAACAUAACUCCCAUGAAUGUUUUCUUGGACAAGAACUGGACAGCUAAGCUGUCUGAUUUUUCCCUUGCUCUAACUCUCCCUGAGGGGAAGUCUCAAAUGGAAGAUCAAGUGAUGGGAUGGCCCGGAUAUUUAGAUCCUUCUUAUCUACAUACGAGUAUUGUUACAGAGUAUGCUGAUGUUUAUAGCUUUGGAAUCUUUAUGAUUGUUCUUCUAAUUGGAAGACAUGGCAUGGCUCCUCGGUCUGAUGCGCGCUUCAUCGAUAUACGUAACUAUGUAAGAGGGUUACAAGAGAAAGGAGAGUUCAUUGAGACCAUAUACCGGGUUGGAGUGAGAGAUAUUGUGGAGGUUGAAAGAUUUCAAGUGGACAAGUUUAUUGAGCUUGCCUUCAGAUGCUGUGAGAGGAGUGUGGAGAAGAGACCGAAGAUGAUUGAUGUCGCCAAGGAGCUUAAACGGAUUCAGAGAUCACUAUGUUGAUACAGCAGCUGAUCCUAGCUCUCAGGAUUCAACAUUUAUAUAUAUAUAUAUAUCUGUUUUUGCUUGAAAUAUUCAUUAAACUCGUGGGAGAAGACCUCUUGAAGUAAGUUGCAGCAAUCUUCUUAAAGACAUCCAGGAAGAAAGUUGGCUGAAGAAAAAUAAACAGGAUUUGGAUCUUGGCUCUGAUCCCAUAAUAGAUUGAUAAGAAUAUGUUCAUUUCACUAGUAGGAUUAAUCAUUAUGACAUUACAAACCUAUGUCUUUUUGUAGUUUAGAACAACAAACAAGCUCAACAAACUUAAUUGUAGCAAUAGCUUUUAUAAAAUUUAUAAAAAUCUUUCGUAUUUAUCAAUACAAUUUUAAGAGAUUUAAAUAGUAAAUAAUAUAUUUAUAUCUUAAGCAUAUAUUUAUCUUAAACAUGAAUAAUCAUAAUAAUGUAAUUUUGAAAUAUCUAUUUAGUUAUUAAAAUUUGUAAUUUUGUAAUUUAAAUUUGGAUAAUAAUAUCUUAUUACAUUGAAGAAGUUUAGUUUUCAAGACAAUGUAAUUACAGAUGUGUUUUCAAAUGCUAAACUAUAAAUCUGGUACUUUUCGAAUUAUCGCGUAAAUAUGAUAUUUUGACCCAAAACAAAUUCCAUAAAAAAUGGAAAUAAUACAAUUCUUUCCGGUGAUCAGUUCUUGUUUUUGUAUAAAGUACAUGCCUACUUCCCUAGGUUGACUCACAAGAAAAAAAAAAAUCAGAGCCGUGGGAUUGUCUUUUUGUAUAGCUGCGGUGAAAGGUUUGCGGAAGAAGAUGAUGAAACGUAAUAGAAGAGCUCUUUUCAAGCCCAAUUUUAUCCCCGUAGCCGUCGUCAUUCCAGAGCUCCCUGGGGAUGUGCUGAUGAAGAUCCUGGCUAGAUUGCCGGCGAUUUUAUUGAUGGAGCUCAAGUGCGUCUCAAGGCUUUGGUCUUCCAUGAUCUCAUCUCCUUAUUUUGCUAAUCUUUUCCGUAAAAUUUCAUCGCUCCUAUGUGAACAGCAUUUGUAUCUAGUGGACCAAGAUGCCCAAGUCGACUACACAUUUCCCACUCCUAGUCGUGGUAUUAUUGAACUGCACAGAAUUUGAUUCGAAUUUCGAGGUUAUUAAAAAGAGAUGGCAUUCAAAACACAUUUUUAGAAACAAUAAAACAGACGUAACACACAAGCUAAACUAGUGAUUCAAUCGGGUCCGUUACAUAAACCACAUUUCUUGUGACCCAAAGCUACAAAGGUUGUCGCUUAUUUAAAGGCUUAUGACUGGUUUUGAGAAUGAGUUUUGUUGUGCGGUUACAAUUGUAGGUUUAAAUAUUAUAGAGGAUAGAGGAAAUUAAAUGUUAAAGAUAUAAAAGUUACUCAACACAAAAUCAGCGGAUAAGGAAAGAUCGAGUCACAUAAAUCUCCACGAAAUCAAGGCAUUAACGAAAUAUAAUCAGUAAAGUAAAAAAUCUCAAAUCUCUCUGAAAUCAUAAAACAUGGAAACGAAAUAUGGAAAGAAUUAAAUCAACGUCAUAUUGAAAGAAAGGCACAUUAAUCUGAAAGAUCUAAUCAAAUCUCAGAUCAAAUCAACAAACUAUAGAAAGUUCAGAUCUCUGAUCAAAUAAUGAAAAGAUAAUAAUGAAGAUGAAAGAACCAAUGAUUGAACUUGGAGAUGAAGCAAAAAUGUAAACACUUGGGCUAUGUAGCUACCGACUCGUUCGCGAUGAUAUGAUAAUCAGUGUAGAGCGAGAUUUUAUAGGGUUUUAGUUUUGGGCCGAAGAAGCCCAAUAACUCUAGCUGGACGAAUGAUAUAAUGUUACACUAAUAAAGCAUAACGGAGAAACAUAUCAUUACCCUAUGACUAGUUUAUUAUAGAUCAAAGACAUCAAUUCUCAAUAUACUGUAUGCUGCUGAUCAAUUCAAGAAGACGAGUAAUACACAUCCAUUAUAAUCAGAAUCAACGAUAUGGAAAUGAAAUCUUAAAUUAAAAUCAAUACGAAAGAGAGAAGACAUCAGUAAAGAGUUCUUUUUUUGUGCACCAUUAGUUCGGAGUUCAAGCAAUAUAAAUUAUGUCUUAGGCUCAGUUCAGAUUUUAUAAUAUAUAGUGCUUUGUUUUUACUCAAUAUCUAUUAUAGUAGAAAUAUGUAUAUACACGUAUAUGUAACCAAUAUUGUCUCUAUUGCAAGUCUUAACAUAUAGGAAAUAAGGAUUAUGGAAUAGAUUGGUUUAACAAUUACAUUCUAUGGACUAACAAUAAUGAUGGAUCAAGCAAGAGGCCAAAAGGCAAGUCUCAUAAAAACCGGUUUUGUUUGUGUUAACAGUACUAGAAAAAGCCAAUAACAUAAGUAAUCUCGAAAGAGCAAUAACAGAAAGUCUUUAAGUGUCAUAAAGAGACUAAAGCACUAACAUAAGAUCAUAGAGGUUUGACAAGGUCGAAGAAAUGCAUGCAGAUCAGAGAAGAAGUGAGUUAUCUCAGUUAAUUUUCAUACAUGUUUUAUAAAUAAUAAUAAUUUAUAUUAAGCCUUCAAAUCUAGCGUCUCCCACCCACCAUCUCAAAGGAUUGGAAUUUGCGUUAAAAUAUCUUACUUCAAUGGUGAAGCCAGUAUCAUCAUUUGCUUUACAUAUUAAUUAAUCAGAAAUGUAAGCCUGAAUGGGACAUCUCAUGUGCUAUGCAGUUCAAAGUUCUCAUACAUGCUUUCUUAAGAGAACAUGUACGCAUCCAUGUUGAAUACAAAAGGGUUAGGACAAAUAAGCUUUUUCUAUUUGGUACUAAAGAUAUUAUUCAUUCAAUUUUACACAACUACUUCAUUCAACUUAUUUUUGCUAACAAUGUGAAUAUCACUAAUGAAUAAUGAACAUUU